GAAACAAAAGAUCUUUAUCAUACGGCGUUUGUGUGGCCUUCGCUAAACUUACCUCUCUCUCUCUCUCUCUCUAGAUUAUCUCAUCAUCUUCAUCUUCGUUCAAUUCAUCGCUUGCUAACCCUUCGCAUAUCCCCGAUACUCCAAUUUGUCCGAAAUUCAAAGCCUCACAUACAAGCCUACCGCUUCUCCACUUGAAAGCCGAAUCAGAAUCUUUUGAUUCUUUACUGCAAUUAUAGUUUUGUAUAUGUUUUUGGUUCUAAUAAUCACUGCGAGCUUUCAAUUCGGUUUGUUUGAUUCGUAUUCUUCACUGUUUUCUUCGUUGUUCAAUGCUUACUUCAUUUCAAUGAGCUUGCUCUGUUCCAAUGCUUCGCAGUAGAGAUGGCUUCUGCUCCUUCAAUGUCAGUUUCUGUGGAAUGUGUAAAUAUAUGUAAGUUUUCGAAAGGGGAUGGGAGUGGUAGAUACGACUGUAGUGUACUCUCUUGCGCGUGGAAGGCUCCCAGGGCAUUGACUGGAUUUCUUGCGAGUACUGCUCAUCCGCACUGUUCGCUCUCGCCCUAUGGACGAACUGGAAGAAGGAAUCACAUCAAAUGUAUAUGUGAAGCAUCUCGUAUGGGGAGCUGGUGCUCCACUGAACCUUCUGAGUUUGUACUUCCAGGAAGACUUUUAAGAUCAAGUUUGUUGCAUGUUGCUUGUAGAAAAUGGCAAUUGUGUUGUUCUUCAUCCUCUUCUUCAACAUCCUAUGAUGAGGUUUCUCCUGAAAGUUUGUGGGAGGAUCUUAAACAUACUAUUUCAUAUCUUCCCCCUAAGGAGUUGGAGUUGGUGCGCAGUGCUUUAAUUCUAGCUUUUGAGGCACAUGAUGGUCAAAAAAGACGGAGUGGAGAGCCCUUCAUCAUUCAUCCUGUUGAAGUUGCACGAAUUUUGGGAGAGCUUGAGUUGGAUUGGGAGUCAAUUGCUGCUGGUUUAUUACAUGAUACAGUUGAGGAUACAAAUGUUGUCACAUUUGAAAGAAUAGAGAUGGAAUUUGGUCCUACAGUGCGCCACAUUGUAGAAGGAGAAACUAAGGUGUCCAAACUAGGAAAAAUCAAGAAUGAAAACCAUUCAGUACAAGAUGUGAAAGCGGAAGACCUCCGGCAGAUGUUUCUAGCCAUGACCGAGGAGGUCCGUGUUAUCAUCGUCAAAUUGGCUGACAGAUUGCAUAAUAUGCGCACUCUCUCACAUAUGCCUCCGCAUAAGCAGUCCAGCAUUGCAAUGGAGACGUUGCAAGUUUUUGCCCCUCUAGCAAAACUGCUUGGAAUGUACCAAAUUAAGUCUGAACUUGAAAACUUAUCGUUCAUGUAUUCAAAUGCUCAAGAUUAUGCUAAAGCCAAGAGAAGAGUUGCAGAACUCUAUAAGAAACAUGAGAAGGAACUCAUAGAGGCAAACAAAAUUUUAAUGAAGAAGAUUGAGGAUGAUCAGUUCCUCGACCUUAUGACAGUGAAAACUGAAGUUCGAUCUGCUUGUAAGGAGCCUUACAGUAUUUAUAAAGCCGUACUUAAAUCUAAAGGUUCAAUAAAUGAAGUCAACCAAAUUGCACAGCUUCGGAUCAUUAUAAAACCAAAGCCAUGCAUUGGAGUUGGGCCUUUAUGUACUGCACAGCAGAUCUGUUACCAUGUUCUUGGGCUAGUACAUGGAAUUUGGACUCCUAUUCCUCGAUCUAUGAAAGAUUAUAUUGCAACUCCAAAGCCCAAUGGUUAUCAGAGUCUUCAUACCACUGUAAUUCCAUUUCUUUAUGAGAGCAUGUUUCGGCUGGAAGUUCAGAUAAGAACUGAAGAGAUGGAUCUGAUAGCUGAGAGAGGCAUUGCUGCUCAUUAUAGCGGGAAAGGUCUUGUGACUGGAUUGGUUGGACAUGCAAUGCCUAAGGGCAGAAGUUCAAGAGGGAAAAUUGUUUGUCUUAAUAAUGCAAACAUUGCCCUCAGGAUUGGUUGGCUUAAUGCAAUUAGAGAAUGGCAAGAGGAAUUUGUUGGAAAUAUGAGCUCCAGAGAAUUUGUAGAAACUAUAACCAGAGAUCUUUUAGGUAGCCGUGUCUUUGUGUUUUCACCAAGAGGAGAGAUUAAAAAUCUGCCCAAGGGGGCAACUGUCAUUGACUAUGCUUAUAUGAUACACACUGAAAUUGGCAACAAAAUGGUUGCAGCAAAGGUCAAUGGUAAUCUUGUUACUCCCUCGCAUGUACUUGCAAAUGCUGAAGUUGUGGAGAUAAUAACUUAUAAUAUCUUCAUGAAAAUUUGUGGUUUUAAAUCGACAUCAGAUGGGAUUAUAGAGAUGGCACUCUCAAGCAAAUCAGCAUUCCAAAGACAUAAGCAGUGGUUGCAACAUGCUAAAACACGUAGUGCCAGAUACAAAAUUAUGAAAUUUUUGAGAGAGCAAGCUGCAUUAUCGGCAACUGAAAUAACAGCUGAUACAGUAGAAGAAUUUGUUGCCGAUCCUAAGGAGGAUAGUGAAGUAGAGGAGCUGUCGGAUUAUUCUGAAGGAAGCAAAUACACCUGGGAGAAGAUCCUGAUGAACGUUGUGGAAAUGUCAUCUUCAAUGAUCAAUGGUGGAGAUGUUUUCCAACUCAAACGUGGCAGCAUCAAGGUCCCUAAGGUCAAUGGGAAACAUAAUAAACAUAUGCAGCAUGUGAGUUUGAAGGCCAAAGGAGAGAGUUUAUCUCAGGGAAAUGGUGUUGCUAAGAUGAUACUUGCUAAUAUUCCCAUGUACAAGGAAGUCUUGCCUGGUCUGGAGAGUUGGCAAGCUGGCAAGGUUGCAUCUUGGCACAACCUUGAAGGGCACUCUAUACAGUGGUUAUGUGUAGUAUGCAUAGAUCGAAGAGGUAUGAUGGCUGACAUCACAACAGCAUUGGCCACUGUAGAUGUUGCAAUAUGUGCUUGUGCGGCAGAGAUAGAUAAAGGGAGAGGGAUGGCCGUCAUGUUGUUUCAUGUUGAAGGAAGCCUGGACUGUUUGGUUAAUGCUUGUUCACGCGUGGAUCUAAUCUUUGGUGUUUUGGGAUGGUCCACGGGUUGCAGCUGGCCUAGCUCGAUUGAAAACCAACCGUUUCUAGAAUGCUAAUCAAAUAUUCCACCUGGAAAUGGUCCUAACCUGGCCACGCAGGCUUGGGUAUGAAGUUUUGUCCUCUGAAAGAUGGGUUUGAAGUAGAUUUGUAGGUAAUUAAUUAUGACAAAAUAAACGAGCGGCCACCAAUUUGAGGAAGUCUCUGGAAUUGUAUAUAGAGAGGAGUAAUGUUUAAGUAUAUACCUGUAAAGAUACUCAGAAGGAAGAGAGUGAAAAUUUGUACAAAGGUUUACUUUUGACAUUUUCAGUCUUAAAAGGCACCUUUUUGUGACUGAAAUAGACUUUGUUGCAAAUAACAUAUUUGCGACGGUGAAUUCCCCUAGCAAAAAAUA